AUGGCUAAAGAAAAGGUUGAAGAAAAACCGGUCAAGCCAGAAAAGGGCGUUUCGGAGUUAGACGCAGAGGACGAGGACGAGGACAUUGAUCAGCUUGUUAUGGAAUUGCAGUCCAACGGUGGUGCUGAUGAUGAAGAAGAAUCUGAGGAUGAAGCGGAUCAAAAAUCUUUUAAGGCCGUUCCUGAGUCCAUGUUACAGACUGAUUUGGCUAUCGGUCUUACUGCCUCCGAGGUUGCUCAGAGAAGAAAGAAGUUUGGUGCUAACCAGAUGGCAGAGGAGAAGGUGAAUUUAUUCGUCAAGUUCUGCACGUAUUUCGUUGGUCCUAUUCAAUUUGUUAUGGAAGCUGCUGCUUUGUUGGCUCUUGGUUUGGAAGAUUGGGUUGAUUUCGGUGUCAUUUGUGCAUUGCUUUUACUUAAUGCUGGUGUCGGUUUCAUUCAGGAAUUCCAGGCCGGUUCUAUUGUUGAGGAAUUGAAGAAAACUUUGGCUAAUACUGCUGUGGUUUUGAGAGAUGGUAAAUUUGCCGAGUUGCCUGCUUCUGAAGUUGUUCCAGGUGAUCUUCUUAAAAUUGAUGAAGGCAAUGUCAUUCCUGCUGACGGAAAAUUGGCUACUAAGGACUGCUUCUUGCAGGUUGAUCAAUCUGCCAUUACUGGUGAAUCUUUGGCUGUUGAUAAACGUACCGGUGAUCCUGUUUUCUCUUCUGCUACUGUUAAGCGUGGAGAUGCAUUGAUGGUGGUUUCCGCCACUGGUGAUUCUACUUUCGUUGGUAGGGCUGCUUCUUUGGUUAAUAAAGCCUCCGGUGGUCACGGUCACUUUACUGAGGUGCUUAACGGUAUUGGUACUAUGCUUUUGAUCUUGGUUAUUGUUACUUUGUUGCUUAUUUGGGUUGCUUGUUUCUACAGAACUUCUAAUAUUGUUAGAAUUCUUAGAUUUACUUUGGCUAUUACAAUUGUCGGUGUUCCAGUUGGUUUACCUGCUGUUGUGACCACAACUAUGGCUGUUGGUGCUGCAUAUUUGGCCAAAAAAAAAGCCAUUGUUCAGAAAUUGUCCGCCAUUGAGUCCCUUGCCGGUGUCGAAAUUUUAUGUUCCGAUAAGACAGGUACUUUGACGAAGAACAAACUAUCGUUGCACGAUCCAUACACCGUUGAAGGUGUCGAACCUGAUGACUUGAUGCUCACUGCUUGUUUGGCCGCUUCCAGAAAGAAGAAGGCCCUUGACGCUAUUGAUAAGGCUUUCCUCAAGUCCUUGAUCAACUAUCCAAAAGCUCGUGCUGCCAUGCCGGAAUAUAAGGUUUUGGAAUUCCAGCCCUUUGAUCCUGUGUCCAAGAAAGUUACUGCCGUUGUCGAAUCUCCAGAAGGUGAACAUAUCGUCUGUGUCAAAGGUGCUCCAUUGUUUGUCUUGAAGACUGUGCAAGAGGACCAUCCAAUUCCAGAGGAUGUCUUGGAAGCUUAUGAGAACAAGGUCGCUGAAUUCGCUUCUAGAGGUUUCAGAUCUCUUGGUGUUGCUAGAAAGAGAGGCGAAGGCCACUGGGAAAUAUUGGGUAUUAUGCCAUGCAUGGAUCCUCCAAGAGACGACACUGCUAGGACUGUCAACGAAGCCAAGAGAUUGGGUUUGAGAAUUAAAAUGUUGACUGGUGAUGCCGUUGGUAUUGCCAAAGAGACAUGCAGACAGUUGGGUCUUGGUACGAAUAUAUACGAUGCUGAAAGACUUGGUCUUGGCGGAGGAGGUGAUAUGGCUGGUUCUGAAAUGUACGAUUUCGUUGAGAAUGCAGAUGGUUUUGCCGAGGUGUUCCCUCAACAUAAGUACAACGUCGUCGAGAUAUUGCAAGAUAGAGGUUACUUGGUUGCCAUGACUGGUGAUGGUGUUAACGAUGCUCCAUCUUUGAAGAAGGCUGAUACCGGUAUUGCAGUCGAAGGUGCUUCCGAUGCUGCCCGUUCUGCUGCCGAUAUUGUCUUCCUUGCUCCAGGUUUGUCUGCCAUUAUAGAUGCCUUGAAGACCUCUAGACAGAUUUUCCAUCGUAUGUACGCUUACGUUGUUUACCGUAUUGCUUUGUCUUUGCACUUGGAAAUUUUCUACGGUUUAUGGGUUGCCAUUUUGGAUGAGAUGAUGGACAUCAAUUUGGUUGUCUUCAUUGCCAUUUUCGCUGAUGUGGCUACUCUUGCUAUUGCAUAUGAUAAUGCUCCAUACUCUAUGAAGCCUGUCAAGUGGGACUUGCCUAGACUAUGGGGUAUGUCCGUUGUCAUGGGUAUUAUCUUGGCAUUUGGUUCUUGGAUUACCGUGACUACUAUGUUCUUGCCAAAGGGUGGUAUCAUCCAAAACUUCGGUUCUGUUGAUGGUGUCAUGUUCUUGGAAAUCUCCUUGACCGAGAACUGGCUUAUUUUCAUCACACGUGCUGUCGGCCCAUUCUGGUCUUCGUGCCCAUCCUGGCAAUUGGCUGGUGCUGUGUUAGCGGUUGAUAUCAUUGCCACCUGCUUCUGUUUGUUUGGUUGGUGGUGCCAGAACUGGACUGAUAUUGUUACUGUGGUCAGAGUUUACGUUUGGUCAUUUGGUAUCUUCUCUGUUCUUGGUGGUGCUUAUUACUUGAUGUCCGAAUCUGAUAAAUUCGACAGGGUGAUGAACGGUCAACCUAUGAACGAAAAGCCUCCUCAGAGAUCUCUAGAGGACUUUAUGGUUGCUAUGAGAAGAGUCUCUACUCAGCAUGAGAAGUCCAGCUGA